GUUGAUGAAUGCGAGCAAGAACCUGGAAGAUGGGUGAUUAUUUGUAUGUUUAUUGAGGUUGAUGAUGGAUUGAGUGUAAGAUAUAAGAAUUCGGGGCCCCGCCAAGAACGAGUUACGAUCCGCGUUCAACGGCAUCUAUUGAUCAUCACCACACGCUUCUCUCACGCACCACCCGAAGCUCACUCGAGAAGAUCCUCAAGCAGAUCGAUCAGUCAUCACCAAACUCACAACGAUGUCCGACCAAACAAUUCCCAACACCUCACGACAAGCAACCCCUUUACCCCCCGCCCGCCUCAUAACAACAGGCCACACCGCAGACGGCACCUCAAUCUUCACAUCCGACGCCAUUCUCCCCCCUUUCCACCCCUUCGGCCCCCAAGCAAGCAGCUUCACCUCCUUCCACACAACUUCAACUCUCCCGGCCUCCAACUUACCCAACGCCCCUCCGCAAACCCUCUCAACCUCCCUACCGCGAGCGCCCGCGGCAGGGACGUACUUUUGCCUCACGGAUUUCCCGCCGCGGUAUAAGGCGCCCAUGCACCGGACUCUCAGUGUCGAUUAUGCGUGUGUGCUAGUCGGGGAGAUUGUGCUCAGGCUUGAUGGUGGGGAAGACAAGGUUGUCAGGGCGGGGGAGAUUAUUGUUCAGGGUGGAGUGAACCAUGAGUGGGUUAAUGCGUCGGACGGGUUUACGAGGGUUCUGUUUGUGAUGGUUGGGGCUGAGGCUGUGGUUCUUGAUGAUGGGCGAAGGUUAGAAGAGACGGUUUUCAAGAAAUGAAGGUCGGGUCUGCGGACUGUAGUGGUGUUGUUUCAACCGUGGCUGGCUUUUGUUUGUUUCGAUAAGUUUUUUCUCUAAAAUUUUCCCUCCCUGUUAGUUCCUGACUAUCCUUUCUUAGAUCACACUGUACCAAUGGCAUGUCCAAAGGUGAACGGGAUGUUGAGGUGUUACUCUAGACAACAUCAGUUGAUUAUGAGAAGCAACCAGACUUCACACAGCAAAUUCCGUUCUCUAUUACUUUUCACACACACUGCGCAUAGUUCUGAAAUU